CUCACUUCCAAUUCACAUUUCUCUUUUUCGCUUCCUAACUUCCAUAACUGCUCUGCUUUCCAUCACGAAACUCAUCUUCAUCUUCAUCUUCCUCCGAUGAAGUCCAAGAAGCGAAGGCCAAAUCCUAAACAAGAAUCCCACUCUCCGCCGAAGAAGAAGCUCCGUUCUCAGCUUCCACGCCGCAAACGCCCUCGGAUUUCUCCUUUUUUCUGCUCUUUGGACUCCGAUUCCCCUGCUCCUUCUAACACCUUUGCUUUUGAUUCUUCUUCCUUUGCUGCCGCAGAAUCCAGCUCCACUUCCUUCAACGCAGCCGGACCUGAGGUUUCUAGCCAACUCAACGCGUGUUUUGGAUUUCAGAAGCCGAAUUUGAGGAAGAGACGAUUUGAUUCGGUUGGAGUUAAUUUGGAUGUAGCUUCGAAGAAGGAGGUUGGAGUAGGGAGUAAUGUGGAAGUGUCUGAAUCUUCUUGUGUUGAAUCAAAUUCUGGAGUUGAUUUUGGUGUUCUCGGACAAAGCACUAGCUCGAGGUUAAUGAGUAGGAGCGAUUUUAGGAGAACUAUUGACAAAAAUGAAGAUCCAAUCGAUCAAGCGGACAACGGAGUUGUGACGUUUCAAUUGACGGAUGCUGAUGUCUCGUCGAAGCUUUGUGGAAAGCGAGCUGUGCCACUCACUCCUUGUGUGGAGUCUUGCGCUGAAUCUAUCUUUCAGAGUGUUUGUUCGUUCGAAGAGAAAGGAUUAGAAAUUGAAGAUAAUAGACUAUGGGAAUUUCAGUUACCAGAGCUACCGAGAAAUGAGAUCAAUGAAACUUUCGCUGUUUCGAAGUCGGAUUCGACAAUAGAACAGUGGCCUAACAGCUUGAACUUUGAAUCGGAUCUUGCUUGCACGGAGCAAUUCUCUUACGAGGAUGUUUCGGAAUACUCUAGCCAGGCGUUGUCCGAGCUUCAGUCAGCUAUUCUAUUGGAGACAUCCGAUGCGGACUGCUCAGAUUACACUCCUUCAAUUUUUUUGGAAUCCGGAAGCGAAUUUUCAGAGAAAUCGAACGAAGACGCAGCUCCUUCGUCAACAUUUAGCAUGUUGCUGCAGUACAGACGCGAAUUUCUAAGCUUAAAUGCCUCUCCAGACAUCCGAACUAGCUCGUCUAUUGAAGAAGAGAAAGUAGAUCAAUCUACGAUUUUGAGAUUCGAAGAAUUGGACGAUGAACAAGCCUAUCGAAUGAUCAGAAAUAGAGAAAGACGCCAAUUGAUUAUUCGCGACUACAUAGAGGAGUAUCGGUCCACGACGGAUUAUGGCGAUCUCAUUCUCCAGCAACGGUCAAAUAUGAUCCAAUGGAUGGUUGAACGAUCGAGAGAUUCGAAACUUCAUCAGGAGACGACAUUUCUAGGAGUUGCCCUCUUUGACCAGUUUCUGAGCAAAGGAUUCUUCAAAGCUGGAAGACAACUUCAAAUUCUGGGCAUAGCCUGUCUAACUUUGGCGACUAGAAUUGAAGAAAAUCAGUCAUACAGCUGGGUGCAGCAAAGGAAUAUCCGCGUAGGGAGCAACACGUACAGAAGAUCUGAAGUUGUUGGCAUGGAAUGGCUUGUUGAAGAAGUCCUACAGUUCCAUUGUUUCUUGCCAACUGUUUACAACUUCUUGUGGUUCUACCUGAAAGCUGCUGGAGCUGACUUGGAUUUGGAGAAUCGAGCUAAGAACUUCGCGGAGCUUGUUCUUUCAGACAAAGUCCAAUUUUGUUAUUUCCCUUCAACUAUUGCAGCUGCGGUUGUCAUCUUGGCGUCCUUAGGAGAAAAACAAGAUGCACCAAGUCAACGAGUCAUUGAGACGCAUGUCAGAACAGAAAGCGACGAUCUGCCCGAAUGUAUCGAGAGCUUGGAGUGGCUAUUGAAGUUUUUAUGAUGGAAGCAUCAAAUCCUAACAGCAGAAAAAGCAAUUUCUGUUUCAUUGGCCUUUUGACAUAUUCUUCCUUCCUCACCACUUAAGACCAGCCUGAAAAAAGCAAUUUCUGUUUCAUCGGUAAGACAUUCAAUUCUCUUCCAUUCUAUCACCAACAAAAUGAAAAUUUUGAUGGAUUGUCAAAAAUCUCUUUUUGGCCAAAUGAUCCUAUAGUUUUUUUUCUUCAAAUUUUUAGACAAAGAUUGAGUCAAGAACCUAACCAAGACCUAAUUCGUCGGUGUCAUUUGUGUAUUUAGUGUUGAAUUAGAGGUUGUAACGAAACAAUGAUUACAAUGAGAUUUUCAAUGCUCGACCAAUCUAGCUAAAAUGUAAGCCAUGAAUGUCACUCCCAAGCAUUCUUCUUGUAGUUGCAAUUGACAAAUGAGUCGAGCCAUCUUAUUAGGUUUCGCACUCAUUGUUUGAUUUUCAUUGAAAAAUCAUUCAAAACAAGUCCUAACUUCCUAAAAGAACUUUAAACAUGGGAUGAGACAAAAAUACAAUAAAAUUACCCA